AUGUCUUCAACCGGUGUGACCAUCACAAAUCCCCUCGUACUCUAUCGCAGUCUCGUCGCUACUCAAAAGAUCCGCCCCGAUCCUGCGCAACAUCGCCUUGCUUUACAUCUGCAGAAACUGUAUGAGCGCCUCAUUGACUAUGAGCCGACCGUGGAAUACUCGAAACGACUGCAACAACUGAGUCGAGCGGUAGAUGGCCAUAGUUCACCGUCCCCAUCUGAGAAUCCCCAUGUCAAUCGGUUCGGCCGACAGGGUGUAUGGACGUCGCUACUGGCCCAAAAAGAGAAAAGGGACUCGUUGGCUCUGACAAGAGUCCUGACCGACCAUGAACAGGCUAUGCAACUGCAGAGUCCGAAAGGCUUCAUGCUUCACGGCGAAGUAGGCACGGGUAAGUCCAUGUUGAUCGACCUUUUCCAGGAAUGUCUUCCCAAUCGCAAGAAGCGGCGAUGGCAUUUCAAUACCUUCAUGUUGGAUACGAUCUCGCGUCUAGAACAACUUCGUAGGUCUCAGUCAGUACUAGCUGGGCAUGGCCCAGCGCAGGACGAGUACUCGCUGCUACUUGUUGCACGUGAUCUUAUCGAGAAGUCACCAAUUUUAUUUUUGGAUGAGUUCCAGUUACCUGAUCGUGCGGCAUCUAAGAUUCUGUCGAACCUGAUGACUUCGUUCUUCCAGCUUGGAGGAGUUCUCAUCGCCACUAGUAAUCGCAUGCCCGAAGAGCUAGCCAAAGCUGCGGGUAUGGACUUUGCACGUCCCGUGAACAGAUUGAGUAGACUGGGUUGGAGCAUGGGGAAAAACUCAGUAGGCAGAAGGGAUGACGGGGCUGGCCAGUUGGGGGAAUUCUCCGCCUUUCUAGAAGUCCUACGAGCGAGAUGUGAGGUUUGGGAGAUGGAAGGCAAAAGCGAUUAUCGAAAGAUUGAAAGAGAAGAGGCAGUUAGAAACGUGAGCGUGCAGGCUCCGUCAUUUGAGAACAUCUCGUCUUCCUCGGCAGUACCGAGCAUGGCGCUAUCCACUCUUCAGCAAGACGAGACUGUCGAUGCCAAAACGGCGGAUGCAAUGGAGCCCUCUUCGACCAUUGCGGUACCAAAGAACUACCUGAUACAACCCACCACGGCCGAGGAAAUGGUCCCGUUCGCCGAGUCAUUCAACACUCAUGUCGAGCGUGCCACUCAGCAUUCAUACCCCAUCCCCUGGGAGCCUGCUACGGUGCGCGUCUACGGCCGUACUAUCCAUGUCCCCGCUCAGUACAAUAACGUUGCCUUUUUUACCUUUGAAGAGCUCUGUGGUGCUACCCUCGGCCCAGCAGAUUACAUUACCCUCACUUCGACAUACCAUACCUUUAUCCUGACCGACGUGCCCAUUAUGGGCUUCUUGAAUAAGAAUGAGGCAAGACGACUCAUCACUUUGCUAGACGCCAUGUACGAGGCACGAUGCCGGCUUCUUGUCGUCGCCGUCACAGGACCAGAUGAUCUAUUCUUCCCUGAACCCCCCAAAUCCACAUCGAAUACCGAUGCUUCCUUUACAGACGCGUUGACUGAAGACGCAGUACACAGCGAAACCUUUUCCGAAAUCUACCAAGACUUGAACUCCCCCUUCCGACCCAACAUCGCAUCCUAUGGCUCUGGUUCAUCGCUCUCCGACGAUGCACUUGAAGACGACCCUCCAAAUCGUACGCGCCGCGAAGGGUCUUCGUGCACGGAUGAACGGUCUGCCAGAAUGGAAAGUAAGGCGCCUGAUUUUGCCAAUAUCAGAGGGUUGACGGGAGAAGACGAGGUGUUUGCUGUCAAGAGGGCUGAGAGUAGAAUCUGGGAGAUGUGUUCGGGGAGGUGGUGGGAUCGUGCUGGGAAUGGUUCUGAAACCGUGACUGAGAGGGCUGGGUUGGGUGAAGGGUCAAACACGGAUUGGUGGCGCCCUCUACCCAUAGAGUCGAGGCAUUGGGAGUGCGGCAUCACUCCCGAUAUCAGCUCCAGUUCUCCACCCCAUGCGGCUUCAUCUGCAGUAGCAGAAGGACUACCUCCCAAUGUCAAGAUUCUGUCGAAGGAGGAGCUGAAAAAGGACAAAGAAAGGGACUUAGACGACAUGUUUGCGCAUGGGGCCAGUCCAUUCAGAACGCACCCGGAUGCGCCGCCGAAAUUCAGCUGGACACAUGCUUGGGGCAUGAUGACAUGGGGCAAGAAAGCCGGCGCCUGGGGUCAAGGCCCAGAAGGCUUGAGAGGGAGGGGAAAGGAAAGAGAGGAGGAAGAAAGUGAGUCACAGACCAAAGGUCAAAAGGAGAAGAAGUAG